ACUGGGUGGCUUAGGGCGGCCGGAGCCCUAGAGAGCGGUGCCGCCCAACAACCUUUGCCUUCGACCGGCGGGGGGGGGCCAGCUCCGCCUCUUCUCGUAUCUUUCCCAUAGCCCAAAAUGGCGGCGGAGGUGGAUUUUGGCGACCUAGAGCUGUUCGAGGCGUUUGACCACCUAGAGGAGUCGACUCCGAAACCAGUUCACACUCUCUUCAAGGACGACGACGGAGACGAGGAGGACGAGAAUGGGGUCGGCGACGCAGAGCUGCGGGAGCGGCUUCGGCAGUACGAGGAAACCAUCGAGCAGCUCCGCGCCGAGAAUCAAGAACUUAAAAGAAAAUUGAACAUUCUGACUCGACCAAGUGGAAUAUUGGUGAACAAUACUAAAUUAGAUGGACCUUUAUUUCAGAUUCUAUUUAUGAACAAUGUUAUUUCAAAGCAAUAUCAUCAAGAAAUAGAGGAAUUUGUAUCAAAUUUAGUAAAAAGAUUUGAGGAACAGCAGAAAAAUGAUGUGGAAAAGACUUCCUUUAAUCUUUUGCCCCAGCCUUCCAGUGUUAUGCUAGAAGAGGACCAUAAAGUAGAAGAAUCCAGUGCUGUUAACAAUAAGGAAGCUUUUAGUGUUGUAGGAAGUGUCCUGUAUUUUACUAAUUUUUGCCUUGAUAAAUUGGGGCAACCGCUACUAAAUGAAAACCCUCAGCUUACGGAAGGAUGGGAAAUACCCAAGUACCAGCAAGUCUUCAGCCACAUUGUUUCUCUAGAAGGGCAAGAAAUACAAGUAAAGGCAAAAAGGCCAAAGCCUCACUGUUUCAAUUGUGGUUCUGAAGAGCAUCAAAUGAAAGAUUGCCCAAUGCCUCGGAAUGCUGCUCGAAUAAGUGAGAAGAGAAAAGAGUAUAUGGAUGCCUGUGGUGAGACAAGCAGUCAGAAUUUUCAGCAGCGAUACCAUGCAGAAGAAGUAGAAGAAAGAUUUGGAAGAUUCAAGCCAGGAGUUAUCAGUGAGGAACUUCAGGAUGCGCUGGGUGUGACGGACAAGAGUCUUCCACCUUUUAUAUAUCGAAUGCGCCAGCUAGGAUACCCACCAGGCUGGCUCAAAGAAGCUGAACUAGAGACCUCAGGGCUUGCACUCUAUGAUGGAAAAGAUGGUGCUGAUGGAGAAACAGAAGCUGGAGAAGUACAACAAAAUAAAAUUGUCACUUACGAUCUCUCGAAAUUGGUAAACUAUCCAGGUUUUAAUAUAUCUACUCCCAGAGGAAUUCCAGAUGAAUGGAGGAUGUUUGGUUCCAUACCAAUGCAGGCAUGUCAGCAGAAAGACGUGUUUGCCAAUUACCUAACUUCUAACUUCCAAGCGCCGAGCGUGAGGUCCAGCAGCAAGAGGUCUUCGUCUCUGCCCAGGCCUAGUAGCCCAAAGAAGCAGAAGAAGGAAGGCAGCUUGGCAGCCUCGCCCGCUGACAUGGAGCUUGACUCGGAUGCAGAGGUCCCGCACGGGUCCCCGAGCAGUGAAACUUUUCAGUUUCAGCCCCCGCUGCCCCCUGGCACUCCUCCGCUCCCCCAGAGCACCCCUCCACCCAUCUUCACGCCUCCGCUGCCCAAGGGCACCCCGCCACUCACUCCCAGUGACUCACCCCAGACCAGAACGGCAUCUGUGACUAUGGACGAGGACGCACUGACUCUGGAGGAACUUGAAGAACAGCAGAGGCGGAUCUGGGCGGCCCUCGAGCAGGCCGAGAGCGUAAACAGUGAUUCUGAUAUUCCUGUUGACACACCUUUAACCGGGAAUUCGGUUGCCUCUUCACCUUGCCCGAAUGAGCCUGACCUCCCUGUCCCAGAGGGAAAAACAUCUGAAAAGCAGAUGUCAGAUGAAGCUGAGGUACCAGACACCAGUACAGAGAAGUCGGAAGUUGAACAAACCUCGAGUCCAGAUUCUGAGGCUGCCUUGCCUGGCCAGAAAGAAGAGGAAGAGCCGGCUCAGGUAGACUCUAAAGGUGCUCUUGACAGCGGCAGGGUCGAGUCAGACUGUGAGGUCAAGAAUGGAGGCAGCAGCCCGAAGCUCCUUCAGGCGGACGCCAGUCCUGGAACAGCCACUAAAAUCCAUAGCCCUGUCCCUGACAUGAGCAAGUUUGCAACCGGAAUAACGCCAUUUGAAUUCGAGAACAUGGCGGAAUCUACUGGAAUGUACCUCAGGAUAAGAAACUUGUUAAAGAACUCGCCCCGAAACCAGCAAAAAAACAAGAAGGCUUCUGAAUAAACUGCUUUUGACAUAGCACCAAGAGCUAUUUAAUUAUAACUGUGCAUUCUGGUAAUUAGUACUAAGUGGACAGGUAAAAUUAUUUUCCUGUUUGUCCCUCCCAUGUUAAAAGAAGUCUAUCGAGGGCUUCCCUGGUGGCGCAGUGGUUGAGAGUCCGCCUGCCGAUGCAGGGGACGUGGGUUCGUGUCCCGGUCUGGGAAGAUCCCACAUGCCGCGGAGCGGCUGGGCCCGUGAGCCAUGGCCGCUGAGCCUGCGCGUGCGGAGCCUGUGCUCCGCAAAAAAAAAAAAAAGUCUAUCUAAGGCUUAAUUGUGGUCUGAAGUCAGGCCUCUUUUAAAGAACAGAAAGACUGAGCUUGCUGGUUUACUAUAUUUUAUUCUUGCUGAUAAAACCUUGGGGGGUGGGACGUAGGUAGGAGCUGGUUUAGAGAUAGUCUGUUAAGGUUUAUACUAUUUUUGGAUUGUGUCUGUCAAGAGUGAUGGUUUUUAUCUGUCUUUUGUACAUUGUUUUCCCUUUCUACAUUUUGCUAAUUAUCCUGUAUGUAAGUUUAAUAUAUCACUUUUUAAAAGAAAAAAUUCUAACCAUUUAAAGUUCACAUUUCAACCGUGUGAACCAAACGAGAAAAAUCAGGGAUGAGCAGCUUUAUCCCAUUUCGGGUAUUUUUGUAAGUGAUUUACAUGCAUCAGUUUUAAUAACACUUUUACUUUUUUGUAACUUCAUUCUUCAUAUAAGCUUGCUAUACAGGUAUGUUCAUCUUUGUGUACAAAGGUUUAAUAAAUUAGCUUUCAUACACAUAAUCUGAGACUUUGAAUAUAAAAAAAUGAUUCACAGUUAAAUAAGUAUAUACAGCCUUGUAAGUUUGGAAGUAAAUUUUGUGGUUGCAAAAAUUAGUGGCAGCAAAGGAAAUAAAGAAAUUACAAGUUUGGGUAUUUUCGAUGGAUUUCAGCCUUAAAUAUAGAAACAGCAGGACCUUUUAAAGUAAUCAUUUUGAAAAACAUAAAUGGAGGGCAGCUAGCCUUUGUACAAAAAUAAUUUUCUAGAUUUGAAUCCUAUGAUAAUUGUUAAAAACAAAAAGUAGACAAAAAAUUGUGUUUAAUUGUCAGAUAUAUCAGAUAGAGCUGAAACUAUGUUUUUUGUCUUUAUGUGGAAUGCCAUUACAUCUUUAUACUCAAGUCCAUGAAAAUAAACAUUUAGAUCUUGAAUGAUUCCUGUUAGGUAGUGUUAUUCUCCUCACAGGCCAGCAGAGGGAGCAAAAUAUAACCAUUUCAGAUUCGGUUUUCAUUUUGGGAACUUGAGAAACCAAAUUAACUGGGAAGAAGAAUUAUAUGAAAGAGAGAAAUUUAUUUUCAAGGCCCUCACAGAAUGUGCUAGAAAUUGAAUAAAAUGUUUAAUACUU